GACAAAGACAAACCGGAGGACAGACAGGGAGCACUAUACAAGAUCAAAUGCUGCGACUGCCAGGUUUCUUACAUUGGUGAAACCGGCAGAAACCUAAGCACGCGACUGACCGAACACAAACGAGCGACGAGGAAUGGUGACGUCAACAAUUUCUGAUUUUACUUCUUUUCGACGACUGAUAUCUACUGGGAACAAUAACUUACUUAAAAGGGCAGGAACUGCAAACCUUUCUACAUCAAGAUAAUUUGCAAGUUAGUUGUCUAGGUAGUUAGUUAUCUUAUUUGUUAUAUAGAAUUAACUUUUUAUUAUAAUUAUUUAUUAAUGUAGUUGGCUGGAAGAUAUUAGCACUUGAGUGCUAUACUGUAAAUUCGAGGGUAAAUAAAGUUUAUUGAUUGAUUGAUUGAACAAUCACAUUGCUGAGCACCAUUUACAGACGAAACAUCAAAUUGACUGGGACUCUGCGACAUGUAUAUCGUAUUCUACAGACUACUAUCAACGUCUUACUGUAGAAAGCUGGUUUAUUAACCUAGAACAAACGCCACUGAAUCGUAGCCAACAGUUACCAGCGCCGUACAAACGACUUAUUGACGAGAUCAAACAAAAGUAA